AAUUAAGAUCGAAUUUUGACAGCAUUAAUAAUAAUAAUAAUAAUAAUAAUAAUAUCCACAUGGGCAGGCAUUCAUGCUGUUACAAGCAGAAGCUGAGAAAAGGGCUUUGGUCACCUGAAGAAGAUGAGAAGCUUAUUCAGCAUAUUACCAAAUACGGCCAUGGCUGCUGGAGCUCUGUUCCUAAACUUGCUGGGCUGCAAAGGUGUGGAAAGAGCUGUAGGCUGAGGUGGAUUAACUACCUGAGGCCUGAUUUGAAGAGAGGCACAUUUUCCCAGGAUGAGGAGAAUUUGAUUGUUGAGCUGCAUGCUGUUCUUGGGAACAGGUGGUCGCAGAUUGCAGCACAGUUGCCUGGAAGAACAGACAAUGAAAUAAAGAACCUGUGGAAUUCAUCCAUUAAGAAGAAACUCCGGCAGAAGGGCAUUGACCCUAACACACACAAACCCCUCUCCGACGUUGACCUUUUAGUCAACGAUGACAAGCCGCCGUCAGUCACCGCAAACAGCAAUAACGAGAAAACAUCCGAGGCAAAUUCCAGCGAAUUCAGCGACAACAAUAUUUCCAACAACCUCGUACUCCCAGAAAAACCCAUCGACAGGCGCUGUUACCCGCCGUCCGCCGGCCAUGAGUUCUUCCUCAACAGGUUCAUCGCCAGCCACGAGAGCUCCACCGCCACCACCUCUAAGGAUAUGUCGGGCUUUCUCUCUUUCCAACAGCAGAUGAGUUACGGACCGAAUAUCGGGCUUUCGAUGAACACCGACACCACGAAUAUUUUCUUCGACAAUCCAAACUCCGACCAUUUCGGCGCUUUCAUGCCGCCGCCGGCGACGAGUAGAAUAAAGCAGUCGCCCGCGGCGAACUUCGUCAAUAACAACAACAACAACAACAACAACAACAACAACAACAACAACAACUCUGUAAACUCAUUCAACGUGAAGUUCGAAAACAACAACAACAACAACAUCAGCACAGAUGAGAAUCUCCAAACCAACUGCAGCUUCUUCGACACCAAUAUCGCCUUCUCAUGGGCGGCGGCCGACACUUGCACAACAAAAUCAGCCGCCGACCACCAGAAGGAACAACCGUCGCUAAUCGGGCACGAAGAUAUAAAGUGGUCGGAAUAUCUCCACACGCCGUUUCUAAUGGCGGGAAAUAUGCAAAUCAAUCAUCACCACAAUAACAACAAUAAUAAUACAAAUGGAGCUGAUCAUGAUCAGGAGAUUAUGUACGCCGCCGCAGAGACGACGACGAAAUCACAGGUCAACUAUACAGAAGAAGCAUCGUUGACUAAUAUAUGGCAUCAAAAUCAGCAUCAGCAACAAUUAGUACAACACUCUUUGCAGGCUACCACAGAUAUACUGUACAACAAACAUUUCCAGGGCCUGCCCGCAACUUUCGGACAGUUUUCUUAGCUUCAUUUCAUUUCAUUUCUUCAACAAGGUGUGUGUGCUAUUAUAAUAUAUAAAUAUAUAGAGAGUUCUUUUUAUUUUUAUUCUUAAUCUGUAAAUAGGGACCGUAUAGACAAUUUUUUUUUUCUUUCAGCUCAUUCGAUACCGACAUUUUUUUUUUCGAUUUUUCGAUUUUUUUUUUUUUUACAUAUGUUUUCAUCUUUCGUUGUGUACGUACGGUUGGUGAUAGAAUAAGUCUUUGUUUCAA